AUGUCUGAAUUUUACAAACUAACUCCAAAGGAUAAAAAGGGUGAGGAUUAUCCCUUUACACAACUAGAAGGCAAAGUAGUCUUGAUCGUGAAUGUCGCUUCCAAAUGUGGGUUCACUCCUCAGUACAAAGAAUUAGAAUCUCUAUAUAAGAAAUAUCAAGAUAAAGGUUUAGUUAUCUUGGGUUUCCCAUGUAAUCAAUUCGGUCAUCAAGAACCAGGUACAGAUGAGCAAAUUGGACAAUUCUGUCAAUUGAAUUAUGGUGUUACUUUCCCCAUUUUGAAAAAAAUUAACGUUAAUGGGAAUGAUAUGGAUCCAGUUUAUGAGUUUUUGAAAUCUAAAAAAUCAGGAUUGUUGGGAUUUAAAGGGAUCAAAUGGAAUUUUGAAAAAUUCUUAAUCGAUAGAAAGGGGGAAGUUGUCCAAAGAUAUGCUUCUCUUACAAAACCUUCUUCUAUUGAACAAGAUAUCGAAAGAUUGUUGAAUAAAUAA